AUGGCAUCUUCGACUUUCGUGCUCUACCACUACACCCCUACAGUGAUAGGUGCGGUAUUGUUCGCUGCAUUAUUUCUCUUAUCCACAGUUUUCCACCUCUAUCAGCGAGUACGAACGCAUGCGAAAUACUUUAACCCUUUUAUUGUCGGUGGAAUAUUCCAGGUUAUCGGAUAUGGAGCCCGUGCCGUCUCUCAUUUUCACACAACAUUGACAACACUAUAUGCCAUGCAGACCCUAUUCAUUCUUUUGGCACCGACCCUUUACGCGGCAUCUAUCUAUAUGGUUCUAGGAAGAGUCAUCAAGUCUAUAAAAGGAGAACAUUUGAGUUAUGUCCCUGUUCGAUUCAUGACCAAAAUCUUCGUUAUGGGAGACGUGACCUCUUUCAUCCUUCAAGGUGCUGGUGGUGGAGUCAUGAGUAGCAGUGGAUCUUCAAACCUCCUGGUGAUCGGCCAGUGGAUCAUUGUUGGGGGUCUUGGCGUCCAGCUUGUUUUCUUUGGUGCAUUCUUGAUCACUUCCAUCAUCUUUCACUGCCGAAUCACUCGAUCACCUACUGAAGAAUCCCAAAGCUCGGUUGCUAGUGGUCUGAUUCCACGGGACUGGCGAGGGCUUCUCUUCGCACUCUACACUGUUAGUGUGUUGAUCCUGAUCCGAUCCGUCUACCGUGUUGUCGAAUUCGCGCAAGGGAAUAAUGGUUACGUGAUUAGCCAUGAAGUUUUUCUUUACGUAUUCGAUGCUUCGAUGAUGUUUUUGGUCAUGGUAAUGAUGAAUAUCUUUCAUCCGUCCGUUGUUUUAGGACGGAAUGACACUGCUGCCUCAAGAGAACUAAAGAACUUGCGAUCCGAGAACCGACCCGCCUCGGCUGAUCGGCAAUGCUAA